AUGUCUAAACGGAAUCAACGUGAAACACGUUCUUCGAGUUCAUCCUCUUCACAAUAUCAACCAUCGCCGAAACGCUUGCUCCGCGAUGGGACGCCAGGUAAGGACGACGAUCACGUCUCACUCGGCAACAUUAUGGAUAGGUUGUGUCAUUUGGAAUCUCGAAUGGAAGACCUCUUCGGCAGUCUAAAAUCCGAGCUAUCAUGUCUUAGACAUGAACUCAACGAAGAAAUUGAGAAAGUAAAAUCGACAGUAAACGAUGUGGAAACAUCAUUGAACGCGGCGUGGGACACAAUCAAAGAUCUCCAAGAUGAACUAAAAAUACACGCAGAAUUCCGAAAGAAACAUAAAGAAAGUUUGGAAAAACACGUCGAGGACAAUGGUGUUUCACAAAGCGCUAAAGCGAAAAUUGCUCUG